AUGGAGUGUUUUCGACUAAACGGUAUAAGACGUUUGUUUCUAUUCCCAAUACGACUUCGAAAAACAAGGGUUUUCCUUUCGGUAAUGGUUGCUUUGGCGAUUUUACAUUUAUACCUCUUUAACUGCGAACGUUUCCCGCACGAUCGACUGAUUAGGUGUAGGGAUGCAGGCAAGAUGGCGAGUUUAGCUACACUAGUCAUUGAUGUUAAUCUUCAAAAGGCCAAGGGCUCAAACAGUCGGCCAGGGAAGCUAGGUGGCUACGAAAAGCGAAACAAGAAUAGCAAAAAUCCACCACCAGUUUCACAGCCAAGUUUAGUAACAACAGAUGAUGCAGAAAGAACUGACUCUUAUGAGAGCAGCUCGCGGGUGACGUUAAUUUCAACAAAUGCGACUAAAGAACAAAGCCAUGGUCGCUGCAAAGACGAUACGCUCCUCACGAGGUCGAACAAGCAUACUUAUGGCACUUGCACGCCACAUAAAGCUGCUGACGAUGCUUGCGGCCUUGCCGAAAGACUUUACUUUUACGACCCUUCUUUAUCUGAAUGUAAGACAAACAAGGAGAAAGGCGAAAUCUGUUCUUUAACCACUAAAAUUGUUAAGAAGAGAACAGUACUUAAAGCUAACUGCGACAGCCGAAUAUGCAGAAAAUUUGAAACUCACAAGAAUAGCAAAUCUCAAAGUGAUUCGUUGAUUUUUGGUGUCUUUGUGUUAGAUCCGGAAGAAGGGCUUUUGAGGUCUGCUAGAAACUUUUCACAAGUUUCAGAACUAGAAACACAAUUACCGCGGAUAGCAGUUCAGUCUUUCCAAAACAAGUUCAACUUCGUAUUUGUUAAAUGCUUUAGUGCAGUGAAUGAGCAGAGUUUGUUUUCGCAGUUGAUCACCAUUCCAGCAGAGAUCACGACUGAAAAGGCACCAAAACAAAGAGCGAAAAAUACCAUAAAUGUAAACAUUGUACUGUUGGAUUCCGUCUCUAGACCACACUUUUACCGCUCUCUACCCAAAACAAUCCAGACUUUUAAGACACUGACUCAGAGAGCACUCUCAGCAAAAGUGUUUGACUUUGAGCUGUUUCAAGCCGUGCACGGACACACGACGCACAAUGAGCAUGCGCUAUUCACUGGUCAGCUACUGCCAGAGUUAGACCCAGAGGUGAGGUCCCCUUCAGUGAAACCGGAAGUGCUUUUUGGACAAUUCAAAACUGCUGGAUACCAGACCCUGUGGCAAGACGAUCUAUGUUGGACGGGUGGUUGGGGACUAGUGAAUGACCUGGCCGCGGAUGACUGGGAGGAACUGCACAGCAAACUUAAAGAAAGCUCUGUGGACAACACGGGUAAUCUUUUAACUCACAAUUGUUACAAACCACAACAAAAAAUUGUGACGUAGCCGAUGACUGCGUGGCUUAGUAGAAAAGUGCUAAUUGGUAGUCAUCAAUGUUCUCUUGUACCGUAGCCUGUACCACAGACCUUUUUUCUCUCUAGACAUCGUCGAGCGCGAGCGCACGCGAAAGAAAAUAAAAACCGCGGUAGAUUGUUUGACCGCACAGCCAAGGAGUUGGUGCAUCCUUGCUUGGCUCGCGCGUAGAAAGGAAAUACGUCUGUGGACAGGCUAGCGGGGUGAGUGCAAGGUAUAUAACUCAAACGCUUGCAAUAAAACGAUGCCCUAUUAAGAUAUCGCGUGCCUAAAAUGCUUAUGUAUGAGAAAAAUCAACGUUCCUUUUCAGCAAAGCCCCUUAUGAUGUUUUGCCGAAAGAUAAUAAAAACAUUUUUUCACUUUUAAAAUUUACAGGUUUGACACAUUCAAGCUGUGAAGUUCUAGGGUCGUAUGGGGUGGAUAACCCGUUUAACGGUCCCGAUCAAAUCUGCUUCAAUGGCAGAUUACAACACGACUACAUUCUGAAAUAUACAGCAGACCUGCUAGCGACGAUCAGCACUUCUAGGAAAUCUCGUCCGUUGUUCUCUUUCACAAGCCUUAAUGUUGCUCACGACGAUGAAGGGCGAAGAAUACAAUCGUUAGACUCCGAUCUAGCACGUUACGUUACUACUAUGGCGACCAAUCAAGACACGCUAACAAUUCUUUUGGCGGACCAUGGUAAUACGUAUACCGAGUACACUUAUACAAGCUUGGAAGGUCGCUUUGAGAUGUUCCAUCCAAGCCUAUUCGUAAUAGUGCCAAAGAAAGUCGCAGGACUUUUGGGCAAGGAUGCUAUGAACGCUUUGGAAGUGAACCAAAGGAGACUGGUAACCAUGAUCGACUUGCAUCGAUCUUUUAUGUCACUUGCUGGGCCGAUAACAAGAUUUGUUAACUCGACGGGGAUAUUUACCCCCAUAUCGCCUGGUCGAACAUGUCACGACGUCGAGCUUAGGACACCAAAUCUAUGCGUAUGUGAAGGAUGGGACAGUCCCACGACAAACGAUUCUUCAAAAAUUUCCCUCGUAGAGUUCGCAGUGGGUGAACUUAAUAACAUGAUAUUAGCACAGUUCACGAAAAAUCCGAAGAGCAACGCCGCGAAGCAAUAUCCUGUUUUAGGCGCUUGCAAAAGACUGCGACCUUUGCGGUUCGAAAAUGUUCGCGAACGCGGUUCGAGAGAAGACGGGGCUCUAAUCACGACUUUUGACGUUUAUGUUCGGGCGGGAAACGUCGUAAAACAGGAUGAAGAUGUUAUCCACUUGGAAGUGAAAUCAAAGGCUGUGGCUGAUUAUCAUUCGUUGGAAAUGGAGUUGAUCCAUUUCGAUAGACUGACGCUGUUUGGGAAAUACACGCUAUGCGCUGACCAGGAUGUACUACCCAAACUGUGCAUUUGUUCAGAGGAAAAGGACCGGGAGAAUAGAACCACGAAAUUAGAGAAAGUUCCAUGGGCUGAUUACACUACAUUUUUAUUCAAAAGCGCCAAAGUCCAAUCUAUUGGUGAUUUCGAAUGUUUGGUUUUGAUAACUCGAAAUCACAGUUCAGGGCAAAGUUUAGCCAUCGAAGUCGCAAACGCAUGCCCUUAUGAAAGUUUUACAUUGGACAUUUCAGCCGUUUUUGAGAACUUAAAGCUGUCAAGGAAAAUUCCCUUUGAAAUGACUAGUCAAGCUGGAAGCAUUAAAUUUGCGUUUUCCGCUCAAAUUGAGACUAAUUCCUGGGACACGCACUUGGAUGUUUCUGUGAAUAUAAAGGAGGUGACAACAACGCAGAUAUUGAAAUAA